GCGCAAUGCGACGCUCAGCUCCGGCGCAGGCGUUCGGGUGUCGCUCCCGCCCCGCUUCCUCCGCCGUCUUCUCCGCGGGACUCGGGUGGGGCCCGAGAGCGGCGAGUGACAGCGGCGGCGGGCGGCGGGCGCAGGACGGGGGUCAACCAUGUCGGACAGCGGGGCGAACCGCCUGCGGAGGCAGCUGGAGUCGGGGGGCUUCGAGGCGCGGCUGUACGUGAAGCAGCUGUCGCAGCAGUCGGACGGCGACCGCGACCUGCAGGAGCACCGGCAGCGCGUGCAGGCGCUGGCGGAGGAGACGGCGCAGAACCUGAAGCGUAAUGUCUACCAGAACUAUCGGCAGUUUAUCGAGACGGCGCGCGAGAUCUCGUACCUGGAGAGCGAGAUGUACCAGCUGAGCCACCUGCUGACGGAGCAGAAGAGCAGCCUAGAGAGCAUCCCGCUGGCUCUGCUGCCUGCCGCCGCCGCGGGCGCCUCCGCGGCUGAGGACCCGGCGGGCGAGGGCAAACAACGCACGCUCACCACGCUGCUGGAGAAAGUGGAGGGCUGCAGGGACCUGCUGGAGACGCCGGGCCAGUACCUGGUGUACAACGGGGACCUGGUGGAGUACGAGGCGGACCACAUGGCCCAGCUGCAGCGCGUGCACGGCUUCCUCAUGAACGACUGUCUGCUGGUGGCCACCUGGCUGCCGCAGCGGCGGGGCAUGUACCGCUACAACGCGCUCUACCCGCUGGACCGCCUGGCGGUGGUCAACGUCAAGGACAACCCGCCCAUGAAGGACAUGUUCAAGCUGCUCAUGUUCCCUGAGAGCCGCAUCUUUCAGGCGGAAAAUGCCAAGAUUAAACGCGAGUGGCUGGAAGUGCUGGAGGAAACCAAGAGGGCGCUCAGCGACAAGAGGAGGAGGGAGCAGGAGGAGGCAGCGGCACCCCGCGCGCCGCCACCGGUCACUUCCAAGAGCGGCAACCCGUUUGAAGACGAGGAUGAUGAAGAACUGGUCACCCCCGAGGUAGAGGAGGAAAAGGUAGAUCUCUCCAUGGAAUGGAUCCAGGAGUUGCCCGAAGACCUAGAUGUCUGUAUUGCGCAGAGGGACUUUGAGGGCGCCGUGGACUUGCUGGACAAAUUGAAUCACUACCUGGAAGAUAAGCCCAGCCCACCGCCUGUGAAAGAGCUGAGGGCCAAAGUGGACGAAAGAGUGCGACAGCUCACCGAUGUGCUGGUGUUUGAGCUCUCCCCGGAUCGCUCUCUGAGAGGCGGCCCUAAGGCGACUCGCAGGGCCGUGUCGCAGCUGAUCCGGCUGGGCCAGUGCACGAAGGCCUGUGAGCUGUUUCUGAGGAACAGGGCAGCAGCCGUGCACACUGCCAUCCGCCAGCUUCGGAUCGAGGGCGCCACUCUGCUCUACAUCCACAAGCUCUGCCACGUCUUCUUUACCAGCCUGCUGGAGACGGCAAGGGAAUUUGAGACAGACUUUGCAGGCACGGACAGCGGCUGCUACUCUGCAUUCGUGGUCUGGGCAAGGUCUGCCAUGGGCAUGUUUGUGGAUGCUUUCAGCAAGCAGGUUUUCGACAGCAAGGAGAGCCUGUCCACUGCAGCUGAGUGUGUGAAGGUGGCCAAGGAGCAUUGCCAGCAGCUGGGAGAGAUUGGGCUGGAUCUCACCUUCAUCAUCCAUGCCCUGCUGGUGAAGGACAUCCAGGGGGCCUUACACAGUUACAAGGAGAUUAUUAUUGAAGCCACCAAGCACCGAAACUCAGAGGAGAUGUGGCGCCGGAUGAACCUGAUGACCCCCGAGGCCCUGGGAAAGCUCAAAGAGGAGAUGAGAAGUUGUGGGGUCAGUAACUUCGAGCAGUACACGGGAGAUGACUGCUGGGUGAAUUUGAGCUACACCGUGGUGGCUUUCACCAAGCAGACCAUGGGCUUCCUGGAGGAGGCGUUGAAACUGUACUUCCCAGAGCUACACAUGGUGCUCCUGGAGAGUCUGGUGGAAGUCAUCCUGGUUGCCGUGCAGCACGUGGACUACAGCCUGCGGUGCGAGCAGGACCCAGAGAAGAAGGCCUUCAUCAGGCAGAAUGCAUCCUUCCUUUAUGAAACUGUCCUCCCAGUGGUGGAGAGGAGGUUUGAGGAAGGUGUGGGGAAACCCGCCAAGCAGCUGCAGGACCUGCGGAAUGCAUCCAGACUCCUGCGGGUGAAUCCCGAGAGCACCACUUCUGUGGUCUGAGGCCCUGGUCUGGUGUUUGUGUGUGUGUGUGUAUAUACGGACUACAGUGCACUAUUUGUAUUUAUAUGACACUUGUCAGCACAUUCCUCAGAGUCAAAACAGCGUACACAGUGCCCUCAUUGAAACACAGUCAAAGGAGAAAAGAAAAUGCGUUAAGUACCCCCAUACAGGAAUUAUUAGAGCAUAAGCCACACUUUCGUACUAACUCCUUAAGGAAUGCAUGGUCACACCAUGGCAUUUCAGAUUACCCUCUGACUUGAAACACACUUCUCAUCGUAGGACAUUCAGGAGCAAUGCACUCUGU